AUGAAAAGAAAUAACAGAAUCUAUCUAUUGACAACUCUUCCCAACAUUAGUAUCAUGUCUACAAACAACAAUAACUGCGACACUGAAAUUCUUCAGAGAAUGAAUGAAUUGGACAUACUUUACAACAAUUUACUGCAAACACUUCAGAAAGCCGUUCAAGAUCUUGAUCUCUUUAAUUCGACUCAUUCCCGUGUCGACCCAACAUGGAGAAGUUUAGGUUUUCCGUUCCAUGAAAAACUUCGUCAAGAUCAAUUGUCAGCAUUCCAAAGCAGAAGCAUAACAUCAUCAACAACAACAACAACAACAUUGGAGAAGAGGUUACCAACGUUUGAAGAGGGUCAACAAGUGAUGAAAUUCGUAUUGAACUCGAUGCAAAUACAUUAUACAGGAGAUGAAAGGAAGCAUUUUCUUUCAAGUGUCGUCGACGCCACUGGCAUGUGUGGUUCCUAUGCCAUGCUCAUGAUGCAUGCUCUUCAAGAAGAAGAAUCACUUUAUAGUGCUCAACGUGAGGAGUCACCCUCACUAGCAUCCUCCACUGAUUUCAUUGUGUUGGAACAAGAGGAAGAAACUCAUUCCUCUAUUAUUGAUAAUCUCUCUCUGUACAAGAACAAACUCAAUUCAAAGAGGAGUCGGAACACAGUUGGAAAUGUUCUUGUUCGAAAUCAAAGACUCUCGGAAUGGUUCAAUAACAUCAACAACAGUUGUAAUGAAAUUCAUCAUCAUCAUCAAGGACAGGUCAAUGCUCAACUGGUCAUGCUCGAUGCUUCACUUGAGGAUCCAGAACGUUUCUCGUUGCAAGUGGAUCAAGUGUUCAAUCCAAAGUUGGAACAUCGUUCUUCUCUACCUCCUCUGAAAGACAAAUCAACAAGUAAGGUUUGCUUACUUGCCAAAGUGAAUUCCGAUUAUUGCGAAAAGCUCAUCACCGUUGCCAAUUCUCACACAGGUAGGAAGGACACCUUCAAGAAUGUUCGGAGAGUGUAUUCAUUGGUGAUGAAUGAAAGUGCAUGCAAGUAUAUUUUAGUGUUUCCGAAUCGGAGAGAGGUGAAAGACUAUUUGAUGAACAAUGAAUCCAAUAGGGGCUACUACAACAACACUCCCAUAUUCAAUAAUCAUCGACCUGAUGAAAAGGAGAGCCGUAAUAAUGGAAAUUUCAAUUAUUAUCAUGACCAACCUCAAAACAAGGACCGUUUAAGAAGGAACUCCUUCAACAACACUCACUCCGAUGAUGGCCAUAACUAUGAGGGUACUUCUUUCAGCAGGAAGAGAAAUAACAAGGAGGUGAAACAAUUAUCAUUUCCAACAUUAUCGGUCCAAUGA